GCUGGGACAGGCGGUUCGUUUGUCUGCUGCGCAUGCGCACCAAAGUGUGUCUUCCCAGCUACCGCUAGUCAGGAUAGCUAGCUAUCUAGCUGGCUACCAAACUAUUAACUAGCUGUUGGUUGCAGUUUCCCAGGGUUGGGAUAUUUUCCACCUCCGUCUCUUGGAAAUUCCCGGAGCCUCGUUUAAAACUUAGCCCUCCGAACCACUAACCAGCCUGGACAUGGUGUUGCCCCAGCCAUUAUGAAGCGCAAGAACUCCUUCAAGCAUCACGAGGGUCCCAGCCGGCCACGUGCGGUUGUUGACCCCGUGAAGAGCUUGGCCCCCAGCCGGCCACGUGCGGUUGUUGACCCCCUGAAGAGCUUGGUCGGCUGCCAGAUCCAACAUGGCUGGAGGGAUGCCCCUGGGAAGAUCUCCCGCUGGAAAGGCAUCGUGCUGGACCAGGUCACCAUCCUUCCUUCCCUCUACCUGGUCAAGUAUGAGACUGUAGACUGCGUCUAUGGCAUCGAGCUUCUGAAAGAUGGCCGUGUGCAGAAGCUGGAGAUAGUAUCAAACCGCAUUGACUCGUAUCGGGCGGUGGACGGCAAGCAGGCGAUGUCCAUGCUGGGCCGGGCGGUGCAGCACAAGUUCGAGAGUGACGAAGGCUCCAAAGACGAGUGGAGGGGGAUGGUGCUGGCCCGAGCGCCCAUCAUGACCCCCUGGUUCUUCAUCACUUACGAGAAGGACCCUGUGCUCUACAUGUACCAGCUCUUGGAUGACCUCAAGUCAGGGGACCUCAGGUUUCUUCCAGACGAGACGUCCCCAGAGGAGCCAGAGCCAGGCGAGGUGGUGGACAGCCUGGUGGGCAAACACGUGGAGUACAGCCGGGAGGACGGGGGCAAGAGGAUCGGCCUGGUCAUACAGCAGGUGGAGGCCAAGCCCUCGGUGUACUUCAUCAAGUUUGAAGAUGACUUCCACAUCUACGUCUACGACCUCAUCAAGGCUUAGACAAAACACAGCCCUUUUUUUUUUCAUUUAGACAAAGAAAGGUUGUACCCUAUGGCUAACCCAUGAAUGAUUGAUUCACUUCUCCUUCCACUAGAUUUAUUUUUUCCUUUUGUGGACUGAUAAUCUGUGAUCUAUCUUCUUCUUCAGCUCUUGGCUACUUUUGCUGCCAAGUGGUUGUAAACUCGUCCACCUCCUCAUCCUAACGUCCGGCCUUCUCCUGUCAGAACACUGGAUGUUGAUUUGAACCCUCUUUGAGUUGUGGACCUUUGAAUACCUCAUCUUUAGACAUGACGUGUAGUUUUUUUUCUUUUCUUUUUAUAGCCUGCUUCUCCUUGGGAAAGUUUUGGGGGAUUUCCAGUGAGGUUCUUCAUGUCUUUUUGUUCGUUUUGUGUACCAAAGUGAGUAUCUACAUUACAUGUACGUUCUCUUUGUUAUCAGUAAAUUGGCGAUGAUUCAUCCAUAUCAGAUGUCUUUAAAAAUACUGAACACAGCAGUGCAUUUUCUAUGGGUUGUAUCAAUCAGUUUGGCAGUGUUCUCAGUAGCUGAUGUCCUCCUCUCUUUUUGGCUUCAGCAGUACCGCCUGUUUUUGAUUAUUUUCAGCAUUAUCUUUAGUAUGCUUACUUUUCAUGUUAUCUGGCCUCUACUGUACAUGUACGGAGGCCAGUGUGUCGUCAUUUUUACUGUGUAAUAUUGAGUGGUAGAUUUCAAGUGCACUUCAGAGCACCUAUCUUCCACCAGCAUUACUUGUAGACAAAAUGUGCCUUUAAGAAUUCUUAGUUCGGCCCUCAUAGAUGAACUUUUAAAUGAGGGGGUGUCCCUUGUAUACUGAUGGCCAAUGUGGCUGCAGGUUGUGUUCCAACAAGGUAGGAACACCAAGUAAUUACAACUUAUAAUUCUUGUGGCUCAUGUGAAUCACUAAUAUCAGAUCAGUGGAGGUUGGUGUUGUAAAGGUCCCUCAUGUGCUAUUUUGCUUUGACAAACCCUAAGGAGGAAUGUGUGGUUGGAAGAGGGCAUCACGACUCCAGUUACCCACGUGAACAUAAGUGCCCUUAAUCGGAUGUUAAUGCUUGUUUCUGGAAAUUGGAUUUACUUCAAAGACAGAACAAGCUUGUGCAUCCUGGAUUAAUAUAGAACUCUCUAUGGGGACAAAACGUGUCGUGUGUGUGUGUGUGUGUGUGUGUGUGUGUGUGAGAAUGUCUAUCAGAAAGCUCUUCAUAGUAGGCUUUCCUGUGUGCCUGUUGUAAAAGGUGUAUACAUUCUGUGUCAUCAUAUGCAGUCAUGAGUGAACUGUAGCCCUAUACAGUUUGUGGCUAUGAACACACUUCAGUUUGUGGCUAUGAACACACUUCAGUUUGUGGCUAUGAACAUUCUAGAACAUUCUUUGUCUCGAGUUGUUUCAAUUGUCAGCUGAUGUUUAUCGUUGUAUUACUAUGACUGGAACACAUGCAAACACAUAGGCUGCAUUAAAAGGUGUGUGUGUCAUUUUUCUAAUAAACACUUUUUAAGGAA